CGCUUGUCCCGCCCCGCCCCCUCCCUCCUUCCCUCCCCUCCUCCUCCUCUCCCCGCGGCCGGUGCAUGCGGGGCGCUGGGGGCCGAGCUCGGGUCCCCCGCAGCCACCGGAGCGAGUGACCCGCGGGGGUCUUGCGCAUCCCCGCUAUGUCCUCGUCCAGCUCCUCGCAAACCCCCCCGUCCCACCACCAGCCCCCGCCGCAGAGGAUGAGGCGCGGCGCUGCCGGGUCCCCCACCGCCGGCACGGCCGGGGGCCCCGGUAACGGCGCCGGGGGAGGCUCGGCGGGGACCAGCCGGCUGCUCCAGCCUAUCCGAGCGACCGUCCCGUACCAGCUCCUGCGGGGCAACCAGCACAGCCCGACCCGGUCCCCAUCCGCCUCGGUGGGCAGCAACACGGGGCCGGGGGGCGGCGGGGGUCGCGGCGGAGGCAGCCCCCCACCGCCGCCCAGCGCGACGCCGCCGCUGGCGGCGGGCGGCGGCGGAGCGGAGCCGGGCAGGGUGAAGGGCAGGCAGCGGCGGUCGCCGGAGAGCGGCGGCAGCAGGAGGAGCAGCUCACCUGAGAGACGGAGCCCCAGUUCCCCGGUGUACAGAGUGGACAGGCCAAAAUCCCAGCAAAUCAGAACUUCUGGUACCAUAAGGCGAACUUCUUCUUUGGACACAAUAACAGGACCUUACCUCACAGGACAGUGGCCACGUGAUCCCCAUGUACACUACCCUUCAUGUAUGAAAGAUAAAUCUACUCAGACACCCAGCUGUUGGGCCGAAGAGGGAGCAGAAAAGAGAUCACAUCAGCGCUCGGCGUCGUGGGGAAGUGCUGAUCAGCUGAAAGAGCAGAUUGCCAAACUGAGGCAGCAGCUGCAGCGCAGUAAGCAGAGCAGUCGUCACAGCAAAGAGAAGGAACGUCACUCACCUCUCCAUGGCAACCAUAUAGCAAUCAGUCAGACUCAGGCUUGUAUUUCCAGAUCUGUCCCUAUGCCACUGUCAAGCAUUUCAGUGCCAAAAUCAACUGCUUCACGUGUGCCGUGUAAUGUAGAAGGAAUAAGCCCUGAACUGGAAAAAGUAUUCAUUAAGGAGAACAGUGGAAAAGAAGAGGUAUCCAAGCCUUUGGAUAUCCCUGACGGUCGGAGGGCGCCGUUGCCUGCUCACUACCGCAGCAGCAGCACCCGGAGCAUUGACACGCAGACCCCGUCUGUGCAGGAGCGCAGCAGCAGCUGCAGCAGUCACUCACCGUGUGUCUCUCCCUUUUGCCCUCCUGAGUCUCAGGAUGGGAGUCCCUGUUCAACAGAAGAUUUGCUCUAUGACCGUGAUAAAGACAGUGGGAGUAGCUCACCGUUGCCCAAGUAUGCCUCAUCUCCCAAACCAAACAACAGCUACAUGUUCAAACGAGAGCCCCCAGAGGGAUGUGAGCGAGUGAAGGUCUUUGAGGAAAUGUCGUCUCGUCAGCCUGUCUCAGCCCCUCUCUUUUCAUGUCCUGACAAAAACAAGGUUAAUUUCAUCCCAACCGGAUCAGCUUUCUGUCCUGUAAAGCUUCUGGGCCCCCUCCUUCCCGCUUCAGACCUGACGCUGAAGAACUCUCCAAACUCUGGUCAAAGCACAGGUUUGAGCACCCUGACUGUUGAGCAGCUUUCGUCUCGGGUCUCUUUCUCAUCUCUGUCAGAUGACACCAGCACAAUGGACUCCCCAGAGACCCCGGUUCAGCAGCCGUCCCAGCAGCAGCUUCUGCAGGAGAUUCAGACUGAAGAGCAUUCCUCUCCUCAGAGCUACGUGUUAAUCUAGAGCAAGGUGGAGCAGGCCUCUGCCCCAGACAAGGAGUGAGGAGACUCUAGUCCAGAUACAUCUGCAUGAGGUGGCAACCUUUCAGAACACCAUGGAAUACUUAGCAGCGUUCAAAAAAAUAUCUCAACACUGUUCUUGGCAGGGACAGAAUCCGUAUUCGGCAUUUUUUGUGAGACAGCAGUAAUGCCUGCAGAAUCCAUAUUACAUUAAACGUCUUAAGUGGAGACUAUGCAUUUCAUAGUACGUUUGACCAGAUUAGUACUGUGUUCUGUGUUCUGUUUCAAAUUCUACAGUAUAAAUAAGCUCUCUCUAUAUAUAAAAAAAAUGUUGCCUGUCUGAAUAGAAAAUGUCUUGCUGUGUUGUGUCCUAUGGAAAAUACUGUACUUCAGGAUUAUGUUUACAAUUGAUCCAGGUGUUUAUGUUUCUAACUUCUGUAAUACACACAAUGCAAAAAAAAAAAAAAAUGGCCACAGCAGUUGCACAGUGCCCACCCUAUGGCCUAGCUUCAGGUACUUCUCUUGAAGUGUAAACUCAGGUAACUUGGAAUGUAUAUCAUAUUGGAAUAUAAAAUAUUUUACAGCUACAAAGCUAAAGAGGGAACAUCACUCUUUUGCCUUUCCUUGUUUUAUGCAUUAUAUUUCCUCAUUACAUUCCACUUUCUUGGAAUAAGUGCAUUCAGAUCCAGGUGAAUGAUGACCCUGGACAUGGGUGAACAUGAGGAGAACCAGCAAAUCUGUGAUGUAUAUCACUUUGUCAUGUGCUUACAAGUAAAACAACUGUUGCAUUUACUGUCAUUUCAAUAGAUGUAAAAUUGUGGCAUUUAAAGGUUUCAGGUGUUGCUCAGUUAAUGACUGUUAAACUGUUGCAAAUAAAGUGUUCAGUACUAGGCUGUACAUGAGAAACA